AUGAUGAUUUUAGUCUUUGUAGCUUUGAGAGCAGCUGUGUUUCAAGCUCAAGAGCUGGGAUUCAAGAUUGUAGUUGGGGAGCGUGAUUCUAUAAUACUGUCAUCAAUCUUCAAGGCAAGCUCGAUUGGAACAGGUCACAUUCACAGACUUCUAGACAAGCUCAACAAGCAGCACACUGGGUGGCCUAGAAAGGCUUCUAUCCUGCAUUUGCAGAUUCAACCAACACUGGCAUGCCAUAGAACUGGAAAAUAUUUGUAA